UCCACCCCAUAAAAUGUUGAUUUCAUUUAGUUCACUAACUCACUCAUUGGGUGGAAGCACUUAUUUUCCCUUUCAACUUAAAGCAUGCAAGUCUCUUCAAUCUGCAUCCCAACCAAGGUUCCGAUUCGCGUGAAGUCACUACACACAAACCCAGCAACCUUAAACGACACCACUUCCACGGUGGUUGCUCCUAAAUGGGCUCAAAAGACAAUAACUUUGCCUCCCCUUAAACGUGGGUGUCAUCAUAUCACUUCCAAGAUUUUGAAAGAAAUUGGUCCAGAAUUGUCUGGAUUCAAGUGUGGCUUGGCCCAUCUAUUCUUGCAUCACACAAGUGCUUCUCUUACCAUCAAUGAGAAUUAUGAUUAUGAUGUUCGCGUUGAUACAGAAACGUUCCUCAAUCGUAUAGUUCCAGAGGGGCCAUCUGCACCUUGGAAGCAUACUCUAGAGGGACCAGAUGACAUGCCUGCGCAUAUUAAAUCGUCGAUGUUUGGUUGUGCACUCAUGAUACCAGUUACAAAUGGAAAGCUUAAUAUGGGGACAUGGCAGGGUAUAUGGAUUUGUGAGCAUCGAGAUUAUCCUACACCACGUACAGUUGUGGUCACACUUAAUGGAGUAUGAGUUGCUUAGGCCUCUUGGUUUUACUUCAUCUUCAUAUUAAUUAUCAAGAACAGUACUUGUGUUUGAGAAUUUUUUAGAUAAUCUGUAAACUUUUGUAGCUUUUACUUUGGUGAAGUUUGAGUACUUUACUGCAGAUGUUACUGUCAAAUAUUUUUUUAAUUAUCAUUUAAUCAUUCAAGUAUUAGGAAUUAUUUGUUAGCAUUUCCUA